AUGACAUCUCCAGAGCCCGGAGGUGAAAUCUCGAUCACUAUACAAUCAGACACCAUUUCCAUUGAAGUGUCCCCUAGUGCAGCUGACCUGCCUCCCACUAGCACUAAUGCCCUGGUUAUAUACACUAAUCUGCCCAAUGAACUUACUGACACUACUAUCCAUUCUACCACCCAACAGCCCUUUACUAACUUUACUACCACUCUGUCCAGUGACACUGACUCUACUACCACUCAUCUGCCCUUUACCAACUUUACUACCACUCUAUCAGGUGACACUGACUCUACUACCACUCAUCUGCCAUUGACUAAUUUUACUACCACUCUACCCAGUGACACUGACUCUACUACCACUGAUGUGCCAUUGACUAGUUUCACUAUAACUCUAUCCAGUGACACCGACUCUACUACCACUAGUCUGCCCUUUACCAACUUUAUUACAACUCUAUCCAGUGACACCGACUCUACUACCACUAGUCUGCCCUUUACCAACUUUAUUACAACUCUAUCCAGUGACACUGACUCAACUACCACUCAUCUUCCUUUGACUAAUUUUACUACCACUCUACCCAGUGACACUGACUCUACUACCACUGGUGUGCCAUUGACUAAUUUUACUACCACUCUACCCAGUGACACUGACUCUACUACCCCUUAUCUGCCCUUUACUAACUUUACUACCACUCUAUCCACUGAGACUGACUCUAGUACCCCUGAUCUGCCAUUGACUAGUUUUACUACCACUCUAUCAGGUGACACUGACUCUACUACCACUCAUCUGCCAUUGACUAGCUUUACUACCACUCUGUCCAGUGACACUGACUCUACUACCCCUUAUCUGCCCUUUACUAACUUUACUACAACUCUAUCCAGUGAGACUGACUCUACUACCCCUGAUCUGCCCUUUACCAACUUUACUACAACUCUAUCCAGUGAGACUGACUCUACUACCCCUGAUCUGCCCAUUACCAACUUUACUACCACUCGAUCAGGUGACACUGACUCUACUACCACUCAUCUGCCAUUGACUAGUUUUACUACCACUCUGUCCAGUGACACUGACUCUACUACCACUGAUGUGCCAUUGACUAAUUUUACUACCACUCUAUCAGGUGACACUGACUCUACUACCACUCAUCUGCCAUUGACUAGUUUUACUACCACUCUACUCAGUUCCACUGACUCUACUACCACUCAUCUGCCAUUGACUAGCUUUACUACCACUCUAUCCGGUGACACUGACUCUACUACCCCUUAUCUGCCCUUUACUAACUUUACUACAACUCUAUCCAGUGAGACUGACUCUACUACCCCUGAUCUGCCCUUUACCAACUUUACUACCACUCUAUCCGGUGACACUGACUCUACUACCCCUGAUCUGCCCAUUACCAACUUUACUACCACUCGAUCAGGUGACACUGACUCUACUACCACUCAUCUGCCAUUGACUAGUUUUACUACCACUCUGUCCAGUGACACUGACUCUACUACCACUGAUGUGCCAUUGACUAAUUUUACUACCACUCUAUCCGGUGACACUGACUCUACUACCCCUGAUCUGCCCUUUACCAACUUUACUACCACUCUAUCAGGUGACAUUGACUCUACUACCACUCAUCUGCCAUUGACUAGUUUUACUACCACUCUACUCAGUUCCACUGAAUCUACUACCACUUAUCUGCCAUUAACUAGUUUUACUACCACUCUAUCAGGUGACACUGACUCUACUACCACUCAUCUGCCAUUGACUAGUUUUACUACCACUCUACCCAGUGACACUGAAUCUACUGCCCCUUAUCUGCCCUUUACUAACUUUACUAUAACUCUAUCCACUGAGACUGACUCUACUACCCCUGAUCUGCCAUUGACUAGUUUUACUACCACUCUGUCCAGUGGCACUGACUCUACUACCACUGAUGUGCCAUUGACUAAUUUUACUACCACUCUAUCCGGUGACACUGACUCUACUACCCCUGAUCUGCCCUUUACCAACUUUACUACCACUCUAUCAGGUGACACUGACUCUACUACCACUCAUCUGCCAUUGACUAGUUUUACUACCACUCUACUCAGUUCCACUGAAUCUACUACCACUUAUCUGCCAUUAACUAGUUUUACUACCACUCUAUCAGGUGACACUGACUCUACUACCACUCAUCUGCCAUUGACUAGUUUUACUACCACUCUACCCAGUUCCACUGAAUCUACUACCACUUAUCUGCCAUUAACUAGUUUUACUACCACUAUAUCCAUCGACACUGGCUCUACUACCACUCAUCUUCCCUUUACUAGUUUUACUACCAUUCUAUCCAGUGAGACCACUCAUCUGCCUUCUACCGACUUCACUACCCCUCAACACUCCCAUACUACCAUUGCUACCACUCAACUGCCCACUACUAACAUUACAACCCCUCCCCUCAAUUGUGAAAAUGGUGGUGAGGUAAUCGGGGCCAGCUGUGUUUGUCCUGAUGAGUUUAUUGGGAGAAACUGCGAGAUUGGUAAGUAAUAAUGUUUCCACACGUAUGCAGACAGACAUUCACCCAACUAGAGAUAUCAUAAUAACAUUUUUUCUGGUUCCAUCCUGAUAACAUGUAUCUGCUGAUACCAAUCCGAUAUUUCCCACCUUUUUCUAUUUCUAAACAUUAAAUGAGAUAUUUGUAUCCAUACAUUUCCAAUAACAUGGCAAACUGCAUUCAGUGCUAUAGCAGCAUUGUUUGAGUUUGCUAAGAAUAGGGAAAUUUAAUGGUCAUGCUUCUCGAACCAAAGCUUUGCCACUACGGUGCAGGGAGAAAUCCAACAUGGUUACACACGCCUGUUUCUUUGUUUUACUCAGGAACAACUUUCACAAAAAUUUACAGAGAUAUUUCUUAAAGGGAAAAGUCUGCAAUCUGUUGCCAAAUAAAAUAUAACAAAGAAACUAAACAAAAGAUCACCGUAUAUCCCAACUAACUAUUUUUAGUUAAAGCAAACAAUGCUGGGGUCCACAAUGUAGGGGGCGGCUGCUGAUCUUAAUUUUAUUUCAUUAACAAAACACAUUGAUCAAUUAUGAUGAUGCGAUCAGAAUAUUAUAAUCUAUAAUGAUAUAUCUUAAAUUUGGCAGACCAAUGUGCCGGUGCCGCACCCCCCUC